AUGAUUAUUGGAACUAGGUAUUUAAGCAAGAAAUUCUAUUUCCAUAUUAUCUUUCCACAAAGAAUGAAAGCUAUGUUAUUUAUCAUUUUUGCUCUCAUUUGUUUUGUUUCUGCAAAUGAAUUAUUAGAAAAGGAAUUAAAAGUUGUUAAUGAUAAACUUAAGGAUAAGAACCUUCCAAAAGAAGAACGUAAGAUGCUUGAAUUUCAUAAGACCGAAAUUAUGAAAGCUAUUAACAAGAAGGUUGAAGCUAAAAAUAUGAAAGUGACAACAAAACUUGUUCAAACAGUAAAGAAAGGUACAAAAUCGAAUAAAAAGUAA